CAACUCCACCAUGACGAACACGACGGUCGAAACCUCGCGGCCGGCGAAACCAACCAAGGCCCCGGCGACGAAGCAUUCACAGCACUGCAAGCCGGCGCAUGUACAACACCAUGGUAACAAACAGCGUGUUGCAUUCGACAAACACCGCACAUCGCACAAGCGCAAAACCCCAGCGUCUUCCCAUCCGCCCCCCGCCGUGAUCAAGAAGCCCAAGAAAGAUGCCCCCGACACAGUCAAACUAAACAAGGAACUGGCGCAAUUCGCGAGCCGCAAACAGCUUCCUGAAGCCCAAGCUGUGUUUGAAAAUGCUGUCGCCAAGCGUCUAGCCAACUCGUACACGUACGUGAACAUGAUGAACGUGUGUGUGCGCUGCGGCAACCUCCCCCAAGCCGCGACUGUGUUUGAAUCCAUGAAAGCCGCCAAGAUCGCUCCUGAUGUCGUGGCAUACACGACUCUUAUCAAGGGGUUGUGCGGCGAAGGUCGCCUGACCGACGCCAUGCAGCAUGUCCGUGCCAUGGAACGUGCCAAGGUUCCAUUGAACAUUCGAACGGUCAACACGCUGCUUCGGGGAUGCAUCUUGAUCGGCGAUGUUAGCACGGCCGAAAGCAUCUUGGACGCGACUUUGGGAAAAUGGAAAGUCGCGCCGGAUGACUCGACGUGGGAAUACGUCAUUGCGUUGCUGUGCCGCAACUUGCAGCUGAAGAAGGCGUUGAAUGUGUUUGGUCGUGGGUUGCUCGCUGCCGGGUGCAACGUUGGGAGCAAUACAGCUACUCUGAUCAAUUUGGCUCGUGCCGCCACAUUGCUUGGCGACGUUACUAUCGCGGAGAAGUACGUGGCGAUGUCACAGCGGAGCUUGGACGCCCCACAAAAGGCUAACGCCGCAGAACCUGGCAAAGAAGAGACUGGAGGGAAGCGUGGGUGGCACGAAGCGUCUGAGUCGCGCCAAGAAUCGCUCGCCGUGUUUCUGAAGAUCAAGCGAGACGAGCUUGCCCGCGAACUCAGCGUCAUUUCAACGUAUUUGCAGCAACUCGCCAAACAACUCGGAAACGACCCCAGCAAUGAGUUAACUCGACAUGCGUCGUCCAUUUUCGAAAUGUACAAGAAGGUGCUGUUGGUGCCGUUGGUGGUCAAGCCAAACGUGGCGCUGCCGGCAACGUUGGCCACCGGCGUCCUUGACACAAUGGGAUUGCGAGCGGUACUGAAAAAGCAUUUUCCUGAAAAAGUCGACUCGAUGGAGUCAGCUUUCGGCCGCCGCUUGACCUCUGGUUCGUUGAUCAAGACGAAGAAGGUGUUCGGAAAAGAUUUGGUCCAAGAUCUGCCGCUGAAGCUCGAAAUCUGCAGCGGCGCGGGCGAGUGGGUCGUGAACCAAGCCAAAAAAGACGUAGGGAAGGCUCUGUGGGUGGCCAUGGAGAUUCGACACGACCGCGUGUACCAAAUCUUCACGCAAGCCAUCUUCGAUCACGUGGACAACCUGAGCAUUGUCGCUGGGGACGCUGCCGUCAUCAUCCCGACGCACAUGAAGAAGGCCCAAGUUGAUUUCAUCUUUGUAAACCAGCCGGAACCACCUCAACAGACAGGAAGCAUGAAUACUCAAGCGAAGCAUUUGCUCACCGCGCCCUUCCUCGACGACUGCAUCGAGCUGCUCAAGCCCGCCGGACGCCUCACCAUCGUGACUGACAACAAGUGGUAUGCCCAGUUUCUGUUGAAGAUUGUGUCCAAACUUUACCAUGUCCAUGGCGUCGCCCUAAAAAAGCGCCAAAUUGUCGAGUCCUCGGGAACGUUCCACAUCUACAUGGGGCACCCUCCCAAGGAAUGUGGCGUCGCCGACGAACAUGCGUCAUCGUACUUUGACCGCCUCGCCAAGCAAGACAACAUCCGAGGCAGCCAGGGCACCUACUUCCUCUCGGUCGCCAAAGAUAACAUCAUAUAAUCUGUCAUUGCCUCCAUCUUGUCUGUAA